AUGGCCCUCGCUGCUUUUAGAGAGAAGCUGAAAGAGUGCAAGCUGAAGCAAACUCUGCAUGAAACGUUCAAGCAGAAACUGAAAGGAACUGUGCGCAGUUUGCAGACAUCCGCUGAUCAGUUGAGCCAGGUCGGCGACAACCGGGACAAGCUUACCACACAGUUUCAACGCAGUUGGCAGCAGCAGGAGGCCCAGCUGGCAACGCUGGACGCGGAGUUUAUCGCAGCCGUGAUCGAGCAGGAAGAUUUCAACGCUAUGUACUACGACCCGCUGACGCUGCUCCCAAGGAAGGCCUUCUAUGGCAAGCUGCUGAAGAUGCUGGAAGGGAAGCCGCUGGCCCUCGUGUUGACCUCCGCGGACUUGGACAACUUCAAGUUGCUGAACGACUGCUGGUCCCAUGCGCACGGCGACUCCGCCAUCAUGCAGGCGGCGGACUGCAUCUACGAGCACUGUGAGGCCUUCAACGCAGGGCAGUCGGACGUUGUGUGCGUGCCCUUCCGCUUUGGCGGCGACGAGUUCGUGAUGGCCUUCAUCUCGCACGAGGGUGCGGACUUCAAGCAGAUCAAGGACUGCUUGGAGGAACUGCGCAAGACCGUCGUUGAAAGCCUGCGGAAGGUCUUCGACUUCAGUCGCCUGAAGCUGAAAGAAAAGCUCGUCGACCGCGAGGGCAAUGCGAUCACGGCCUCAGGCCCGGCCAUCAGCAUCGCAGCGUCGGACCCAGGGAGUUGCAGCAAAUCGCUUUGGGAGCUCCACCGCCUCUACGUGAAAGCAGACGAGCAUCUGAACAAAGCAAAGCCAACAUUCAAGCAGGGAGAAGACCCGCAGGGUGGCGUGCAGGUGCAGGCAGAUCGCAUCGCAGGACUCUCCUUGGAUUCGUUUCUCAAGGAUCUACGAAACUUUGCAGCUGGCGAGGCCCGUGAAAAGGCCGCGGAAGCGCUCCGGAACCUGGCGACCAACGCCGACAACGAGAUUGCCAUCGCCCAGGCCGGGGCCAUCUUUUCGCUGGUGGAGCUCCUGAGCCGCGGCACGCCCGUGGGUCAGGCCGGUGCCAUCCCUCCGCUGGUGGAGCUCCUGAGCCGCGGCACGCCUGUGGGAAAACGCCGCGUCAGCACUCUGGGCCUGACGAGCAACUCCAACAACGACUAUGCCAUCCCCAAGGCCGGCGCCAUCCCGCCGCUGGUGGAGCUCCUGAGCCGCGGCACGCCUGUGGGUCAGGAAAACGCCGCAGCAACGCUUAGCAACCUGGCGAACAACGACGACAACCAGAUUGCCAUCGCCAAGGCCGGCGCCAUCCCUCCGCUGGUGGAGCUGCUGAGCCGCGGCGCGCCCAGGAAUCAGGGAUGGGCCGCGGCAGCACUCCAGCACCUGGCGGCCAACUACUCCGACAACAAGAUUGCCAUCGCCAAGGAACGGGCCGCGGCAGCACUCCAGAACCUGGAGGCCAAGUACUCCGACAACAAGAUUGCCAUCGCGAAGGCCGGCGCCAUCCCGCCGCUGGUGGAGCUCCUGAGCCGCGGCACGCCCGUGGGUCAGGAAAACGCCGCAGCAGCACUGGGAAGCCUGACCAACGACGACAACCAGAUUGCCAUCGCGAAGGCCGGCGCCAUCCCUCCGCUUGUGGAGCUCCUGAGCCGCGGCACGCCUGUGGGUCAGGAAAACGCCGCAGCAACGCUUAGCAACCUGGCGGCCAACUCCGACAACCAGAUUGCCGUCGCCAAGGCCGGCACCAUCCCGCCGCUGGUGGAGCUCCUGAGCCGCGGCACGCCCGUGGGUCAGGAAAACGCCGCAGCAGCACUGGGAAACCUGACCAACGACGACAACCAGAUUGCCAUCGCAAAGGCCGGCGCCAUCCCGCCGCUGGUGGAGCUCCUGAGCCGCGGCACGCCCGUGGGUCAAGAACGGGCCACGAAAGCGCUUUGGAUUUUGACCUUUUACCCCGAGGGUUUGGCAGCUGCGAAGGCUGCGGGCGCCUUGGGUCCGGCUGCCGAGCUGAGCGUGCACGGGACCGCAGAGGCCCAGGCGAGCGCCAAGAAGUUGGCUUCGCGGCUGCAGCCCGGACGGUGA